GUUGGAUGUUAUGGGUAUGGGGAUUGAUGCUAAUGUGAUACGGAUACAGAUGGUCUCCACCAAGCCCUCCAAAGUCGACCUCAACGAGACGUCGCUCGCCCACCUCAAGACCCGGCACAGGCGCCUCAUCUUCCCGCUCAGCCGCGUCAGCUCCGCCACCUACGACGCGCGCCAGGUCGUGCACCCCGCGAGCGCAGGCACCGGCAGCACAGCGGCCCUCCGGCGCAGCGAGGCCCCGUCCAGCAUCGCCUUCCUCGAAGCCUCGCUGGCGGCCCAUCAGGGCCCGUCGGGUGGGCUUGGCCCGUCCCACGCGCAGAGCCCGCCGACUACCUUCGACGGGAUGCCGUUCUUAGAGGCAGACGAGGUGGCGAAGAGGAAGGAGCAGGAGAGGGAAAGGGAGAGGCUGGCGAAGGAGCGGAGGGAAAGGAGGGAGAGGAAGCGCUUUGAGCGCACUUUUGAGUUGUAGGUGGGGUGCGGCGGCGGUGCCCGCUGUUUGGGUUGGGG